GUGGAAUACAGGUUAACAGGGAUAUUUAAAGUGAAGGAGUCUGGUACUGUUGUCAGAGAUGAUGAAGAUGUUUCAUGCAUUGAGUGCUGUGUUUGCUGUCACUCUCCUAGUUAGAGGGUGUGAUGCACAACUUGGAGACAUAUGUGGCAGACCUUUUGUCCCCAGUCGAAUAGUAGGGGGAGGUGAUGCUGUUGCCGGUGAAUGGCCAUGGCAGGUCAGUCUUCACAGUAAUGGCCACUGUGGUGGGUCACUCAUUAACAACGAGUGGGUCCUAACAGCAGCUCACUGCUUUCAAGGAAAAAGUACCAAUAAUGUGAUCGUGUACCUGGGCCGAGAGACACAGUCAGGACCAAAUCCCAAUGAGGUGAACAGAGCGGUCUCUCGAAUCAUAAAUCAUCCAAACUACAGCAGCUCAACAUUUGACAACGACAUCUCUCUUCUGCAUCUGUCCUCGCCCGUGAAUUUUACUAACUAUAUAAGACCGGUCUGUCUGGCAGCAGAUGACAGCACGUUCUUCAGCGGCACAUCAAGUUGGGUGACUGGAUGGGGAAAUACUCGCACUGAUGUUGCUCUGGCAACAACAAGACCUCUACAGGAAGUGGAAGUGCCUAUCAUUGGAAACAGGAAGUGCACCUGCCUUUAUGACAAAAAAUCUAAAAUAACAAACAACAUGAUCUGCGCUGGACUAAUACAAGGAGGGAAAGACUCCUGUCAGGGUGACUCAGGUGGACCUCUGGUGAGCAAACAGGACUCGGUCUGGAUCCAGUCUGGGAUUGUGAGCUUUGGCACAGGGUGUGCAGAUCCUAAUUUUCCCGGUGUGUAUGGAAGAGUUUCUCAGUACCAGAGUUGGAUCAAAGAACACAUCACCACCAACCAGCCAGGCUUUGUUAAAUUCACCUCCAGCGGUACUGAUGGUGAUCUGAGCGAGAGCUGCUCUAUUGUUCCUCCCAUUACAACUACUACCACUGUGAUGACUACAGCUACUACAGCUACAACCGCUGCAAACAUAUGUGGCAGACCUUUUGUCCCCAGUCGAAUAGUAGGGGGAGGUGAUGCUGUUGUCGGUGAAUGGCCAUGGCAGGUCAGUCUUCACAGUGGGGGCCACUUCUGUGGUGGGUCACUCAUUAACAACGAGUGGGUCCUAACAGCUGCUCACUGCGUUCACAGAAAAAGUACCAAUAAUGUGAUCGUGUACCUGGGCCGAGAGACACAGUCAGGACUAAAUCCCAAUGAGGUGAACAGAGCGGUCUCUCAAAUCAUAAAUCAUCCAAACUACAGCAGCUCAACAAAUAACAACGACAUUUCUCUUCUGCAUCUGUCCUCGCCCGUGACUUUUACUAACUAUAUAAAACCGGUCUGCCUGGCAGCAGCUGACAGUACAUUCUUCAACGGCACAUCAAGUUGGGUGACUAGAUGGGGAAAUACUCGCACUGAUGUUGCUCUGGCUACACCAAGACCUCUACAGGAAGUAGAAGUGCCAAUCAUUGGAAACAGGAAGUGCACCUGCCUUUAUGGCCAAAACUCUAAAAUAACAAACAACAUGAUCUGCGCUGGACUAAUACAAGGAGGGAAAGACUCCUGUCAGGGUGACUCAGGUGGACCUCUGGUCAGCAAACAGGACUCGGUCUGGAUCCAGUCUGGGAUUGUGAGCUUUGGCACAGGGUGUGCAAGUUCUAAUUUGCCCGGUGUGUAUGGAAGAGUGUCUCAGUACCAGAGUUGGAUCAAAGAACACAUCACCACCAACCAGCCUGGCUUUGUUAAAUUCACCUCCAGCGGUACUGAUUGUGAUCUGAGCGAGAGCUGUCCUUUUGUACCUCCCGUUACAACUACUACCACUAUCAUGACUACAACUACUACAGCUAUAACCGCUGCACCUGUGGUGUGCGGAAGAGCCCGACUUAACAUUCGUGUUGAAGGAAGCAACUCUCUUGCAACUUCUGGUGCGUGGCCUUGGAUGGCCAGUCUGCACUUCAACGGCAGUCACGUCUGUGGUGGAACGAUGGUUUCUCAGCGGUUUAUCAUGACCUCUGCUAGCUGCUUCUCUAGAUCUACCAAUGCCUCCAACUGGACUGUGGUCCUGGGCCGUCUGAAUCAGAAAGGUUCCAACGCCAAUGAAAUCUCUGUUCAAGUUGCAAACAUCUCAAUCAGCAAUGUGACGGGUGACAACGUUGCUAUUGUGUAUCUGGCCAGUGCCCCCAAACUCUCCGAUUUCAUUCAGCCCCUCUGCGUGGACAUGGGGGAAAGCCUCUUCAGCGUAAAUACAUCGUGUUGGGUGGCAGGCUGGGGCUCAGGAUCUGGAUCAGCUGACCAAAUACUUCAGGAAUUCCGAACCUCUAUUGUGGAUUGUGGGAACUCUUCAAGUAAAAGUAUCUGUACAACUUCCAUCACCUUACAGGAGGGUGAUCAGGGGGGUCCUCUGAUGUGUAAACUGGGUCUGUCAUGGAUCCAGGCUGCAGUUCUAUCGAUACCAACCAGCACCAGUAAAAGCACUGCAACACGCCAGUCUAUAGAUAUGCAGGUCUUUACUAAAGUCUCAACCUAUGAAACCUUCCUGAGAUCUGUGGUGGGUUCUUUCCCCCCGAAAGAAAAAAACACUGCAAGUGACUCUCUAUCCACCCCCUCUUCCACCAAUGGCUUACAGUGUUUUACAACUGUUCUCUUGUUUUCACUGACGGCUCUCCAGAUCUUUUAUCAAAGCUGAUGUCAGUAAGGUCUGGGUAGAAGUAUUUGCCUGAAAUGUGAACGUCAACUAAGAUUAAGAAUUUACAAAUAAACCUGACUGAUUAUCUUCUGUUAAUGAUUUAUUCAUUCUCGGGUUGAGAGCUCAUUUCUAUUUUUCACUUGCCGUAUGAGAGAGGUGACUAGAAAUGUUUUUCAAUUUGCACUGGCUAUAGGUUACACUGGCAGUCAUUGCUAAAGCAACCUCGCACUUUAUGGAAAUGUAAAGGUUUGAGUGUUCAGUUUUAAUAGUUAUAAACGACUGCUGUAUUGUUUGUGAUUACCUCAAGCAGUAGACUACCACACCUGGGACAAGUUUUGGAAGUUUUGAUCGAAAUUAUAAGUAAAACUUACAAAUCAUUUUGUCACCAUAUUUUAUGAUACCAAAGAGAGUAUUUUAUUACUGUACACGUCUUAAAAGUGUUUUUUUAUACAUGUGUGAUUUUUUAUUAAAAAAAAUAACCCUAAACCUUAUUUUUUCCACACUUUUUUAAAUGUGAACAGUACUGCAACUUGUAAAUUGUAAUCUUCUUUUAA